ACUCCUAAGGUAGCCUGGAAAGUGAGAUAAGCUUUGCCUACUUUUUCCUGGUUGACCAGAAGGCCCACCCCAGCUGAGGGGGCUAAGGAUCAAAAGCCACUGAAUAAGAGACCCUUGCCCAGGACUGUGGGCUGUAGAUGCCAGCUAGUAACACUGAUGAUUUCAGGAACUCGGUGUUCCCAUCAGGAAAGGAGGUGACUGGCUGGACUCCAGCUCUUAUAUCCAAGAUACUGACUACUGAAGGACUAGGCUGGACAAAGGCAGCCAGACAUUUUUAUGUUCUGGAACCACCAGACAGGACAGCUUUCCUUCAGAAUGGAAUCUUCUGGACUUUUGAGCAUCCUGGUGCUAUCCAUCCUUCUAGUGAAUGUCCAGGGACCUGGUCUGACUGAAUGGUUCUUUCCCAAGAGAUGCCCCAGAAUCCAAGCGAAUUGUGAAUUCAAAGAAAGGGAUGAAUGUUCGAAGGACAAAAAAUGCCCAAGGCAUGAGAAGUGUUGCUUCUUCAGCUGUGGAAGAAAAUGCUUAAACCUCCAUCAAGACAUAUGCAGUAUGCCCAAAGAAUCUGGUCCCUGCCUGGCUUAUUUCCGUCGUUGGUGGUAUGAUAAGACAAAUAACACCUGCUCCAGCUUCAUCUAUGGCGGCUGCAAAGGAAACAAUAAUAACUUCCAAUCCCAAGCCAUGUGCCAGAGCACCUGCCCCCCAAAGGGCCCUAAUUCCUGAAUGCGUAAGGAUACACUGGAACCACUACCGGGAUUUGGCUUGUGAUUCAGGACUCUGUCUAUGUGCAUGACAAAUGCUCCAGGCUGGCUUCCACUGUUCCAUUCCCAGCGUCCCAAGGCCUUAUCUCUUCUCCAGACCGAACCCUGGGAUCUGUCUCGCCUUUCUCCAUCACAGUCUCUUUUUAGACAUGAUAUUCUUCUGUUUUGAUCCCAUCUCUGUUUCCUUCCUUUAUGUCUAACUUUUAGAACCUCUUUGUUUAUACCUGUGUAGCUCCCAUUUUUCCCAAUAAAGCACUCUGUUUA